UCAGUCAGUUUUCACAAGGAAACGCAUCUUCUUCUGCGUGAUAAAGUUGGUUAAAGCUGUGGAGGAGAAACUUCCGAUAAAUUGACUUUUUCUCUCGGGAAUCAGUUUUUUUGCUUCAAAUUAAUGCUCUCUAACCAGUCCAUGUCGCCAUCAUUUCCCACAUACAAAGAGAGAGAGAGAGAGAGAGAGAACAGACAGAAACAGAGGAUUCACAUGCAUUCUCUGUUGGGUUACAUUUAUAUUAUCAAAAUCAAUCUUUGUUGAAAAAAGAAAAGAAAUUGAGGAGAUAUUGUUGUCAGUGAGGAUCGAAUUAAGAUGAAGUUUUGCAAGAAAUACCAGGAGUACAUGCAAGGCCAAGAGAAAAAACUUCCUGGGCUUGGCUUCAAGAAGCUUAAGAAGAUUUUGAAGAAGUGCCGGAGCGAUUUUCAUUCCGAUAAUGCCAUUGAUGGACUCCAUGACACCCAAACAUGCCCUCACCAUUGCCCAGUGUGCGAUGGAACCUUCUUUCCUUCUCUUCUCAAGGAAAUGUCUGCAGUAGUAGGUUGCUUUAAUAAGCGUGCCCAGAAAUUGCUUGAGCUACAUCUUGCUUCUGGGUUUCGGAAGUACUUUAUUUGGUUCAAAGCCAAGCUACAAAAUAACCAUGUUACCUUAAUCCAAGAAGGAAAGGACCUCGUUACUUACGCACUUAUCAACGCGGUUGCAAUCCGAAAAAUACUUAAGAAAUACGAUAAGGUUCAUUACUCUAAGCAAGGUCAGGCCUUCAAGUCACAAGCUCAAAGCAAGCAUAUUGAAAUUCUUCAAAGUCCUUGGCUGUGUGAGCUCAUGGCUUUCCACAUCAAUCUAAGGGAAAGCAAGGUCAAUUAUAGCAAGGCAUCAGCUUUGUUUGAGGGAUGCAACCUCACAUAUGAUGAUGAUGGCCAACCCUCACUUACUUGUGAGCUCUUCGAUUCCGUCAAAGUCGAUAUUGCCCUCACUUGUUCCAUAUGCUUGGACACAGUCUUUGAUCCGGUUUCCCUCACUUGUGGUCACAUAUUCUGCUACAUGUGUGCUUGCUCGGCCGCAUCGGUCACUAUUGUUGAUGGCCUAAAGGCAGCAGAGCCUAAAGCAAAAUGCCCUCUAUGUCGAGAGGCUAGAGUUUAUGAAGGUGCUGUACACUUGGAUGAGCUUAAUAUUCUAUUAAGCAGGAGUUGCCCCGAGUACUGGGAGGCGCGGCUUCAAAGAGAAAGAGUGGAAAGGAUUCGUCAGAUAAAAGAUUACUGGGGCGGCCAGUGUAGGGCAUUUAUGGGUGUCUAAUUAUGCAAUGCCAUUCCUAGUCUGUUCUAGUGCUAUGAUUCCUAGGCUGUUCUAGUGUUAAUAUUUCUUGUAGAUUCUCUGAUCUGGAAUAAAAUCUGUACAUUGUUUUAGCGUA